AUGCUUGGCUCUCUGUACCGCUGCAAAUGCCUUGCUUGCUUGGCUUCCUGUUGCCCCACGUGUUGCUCUCCGCCUUCUAGCUUGCAUUGCUUGCUUUGCUACCUGCUGCCCUGCAUCUUGCUUUCCUCAACAGCUGCUCACAUUGCUAGGUACUCUGUGCUGUCCCAGGGUAGAUUUGUUUACUCAAUUAAAAAAAAAAUGUUGCCGUCAUCGGGCAUAGUAUCUUUCUUGCUGUCCGGUGGCGUUCUCCAUGUGUGGCUUUCCAUCACUCGCUCUCGUCGCCGGUGGCACUCUCCGCGUGUGGCCAUCCGUUGCACACGCUCCUCGCCUGUUGCGCUGUCUGCACAUGCUCUCCUCCGAAAGCCAGUUACUCGCCAGUCGCUGCCUUCGUCCGAUCAUUCCCGCCUCCGCAGCUGGCUUCCCGUCGCCCGCUGCUGGUCUUAA